AAUGAUGCCCGACUUGACAGGAGCUUGGGAAUGAGUGCGCGAAGUGGUUAUAAAAGGCUCUUUCCCCCCUAAGAAUGAGGUAUGUAAACUUUGCGCCAUCUAGUUUAUUAUCUUGCCUUUGAGGAUACUAACUUGAGCUUCGGAGCACUCUCACCCGGGUCCCUCCCCGGAGAUACUCGCUUUCUUCCCCGUUUCAGGCACCUUCUGCUCCAGCCAGAGGCAAGAUUGUUGACGGCUAGGACCGGCCGAAUUGCGUACCAUAUCAUUGAUGUUGAUGAUGAGAAGUUGCUUUCGCUGUUUUUUCUUUCAGAUUUAGAAACUCAUUUAAGUGUUAAUGGAGAGAACAGAAUCGUGCCUGAAAGAAACAUAUGAAGAAUAAGAAACUUAAUUAAAAUAAUAAAAAACAUAGUGAAGUCUUUUCUCUGAAUUUGCACUUCUGCAAUUUCACGUCUUAAAAGGUCGCGGCCUCGCUUUGUAGGUGCCCUUCAGACUGGUCAGGCAACAAUCCCUGCAUAUAGACCGGCAUUACCUGUGACAAUGCCAAUCGAGUCACUGGCAUCAACUUCCCAAGAAAUCUCUCCGCGGUUCUCUCCCUCUAGAUCUUAAUCAAUUAUCCAAACUGAUCUGGUGCAAUCCACGAGCUUGGUCACGUUCACCCUCUCCCUCUCUCUGUCUUUUGGCGUUCACAGGAAUUUUCCCAAACACUUACUAUCCAAACUGAUCUGGUGCAAUCCUCUGCUUCCCCAACAGUCAAAGUCAUCUCCGCCGACGGCAAGCUCCGCGAGUACACAUCCCCCGUUACGGUAUCCCACUAUCCCAGGCCCUCGAAAUGGAGACGUCGUCGUGCUUCAUCUACAACUCCGACAAGUUUUUCUACGACUCCCUCAUUCCACCCUUGCACUCCGCCCAGCAACUCCAGUAUGGACAGCUCCCCCUCACCCGGAUGCACUAUCGCCUGACGGCUUCCGACAUGGCAGCAUUGGCCGUGAAACCCAGUACCGCCCAUUCCUACGGCUUCCAACUCAGAGAUCUCUGGCUCUUGAAAUGGCAGCACUACCGCAUGACGGCUUCCGACAUGGCAGCAUUGGCCGUGAAAGCCAGUACUGCCCAUUCUUACGACUUUCGACUCAGAGAUCUCUGCCAAGCGAACUGUUCAACAUCGUUCCAGAGAUCUCUGGCUGUUGAAAUGGGCUUAUCAUCCCAGAGAUCUCUGCCAAGCGAACUGUUCAACAGAGAUAUCUGUUGAACUGGACUCAAACAGAGAUAUUUGAACAGAGAUCUCUGUUGAAAUGGACUCAAGAGUCGUGUGCUUGAACUUUUCAACAUCA